UAUGAUAGAGUAAGCUUAUUUCGGUGAUUUCUUUCAAUAGAUUCUACUAGAAAAUCAAAGAACAAAAGAGGUCCUAUUCGAAUGCUGAAAAUCUGGGCAACGCGAGAUGAUGAACUUCUACCACAAAAGUUCAAUAAAUUUGACCAACCAAUUGGAGAUGAUGCUAUAAAAUUCACAAACUUCUUAGGCACUGUAGUAAGAAAUGGAAACGAUGCACCUCUUAUAUAUAAAGAUUGGAGGCAAGUACCAUCAGAGUAUAAAGAAAAACUAUGGAACUUAGUAAAGUUAAAGUAUGAUAUCGAAGAUGAUAGUAUGUCUUGGGUUAUAAAGGCCCUUGGAAAGAAAUGGAAGGACUUCAAGUGUGAAUUGAAAAAAAAGCACUAUGAUGCCCAUAAAACUUAUGAGGAUCGUGUAGCUGAUCGUGAUCCAAGGGUCAUUCCUGAUCAAUGGAAGCAUUUAAUUGAUUUUUGGAAUAGUGAGGAAGGACAGGCUCGUUGUUUAAGGAACAAGGUUAAUCGUUCAAAGCAGGUUACUUUCCAUACUGCUGGAUCGAAAAGCUUCGCUCAUAUUCGUGAAGAGGAAAAUGUUGCCAAUGUAAACGAAGAUGCUUCCAAUGGACUUGAAAGAGAUGCAUGGUACUCGUCGUCAUCAUGCAUUCAUGCAAUUUCAACUCAUAGGAUACAUUAUAAGAAAAUUAAUGAGGAUGCAGCAUGA